AUGAGGAGCCCCACUUUUAUAGGUGAAGUGACAUGUACUGGCAUAGAUCCUGGAAAUCUCCCUCCAUACAUCAGUGGUAUGAGGGUUCUUCCAUCAGACAUGAAUGAGGUAUGGAUGUUAGAAAUUGACAUCGAGUAUUCUGGUGGUGCGGUAUUAGAUAUUGAAUCGAGGCUUGAAGUUCGUGAUCUAGACUUCCAGGAAGGCCUAGUGGAUGCAAAUUUAGAUCCAAGCUCUAUGGAGGAGGUAAAGGCAGAUCUUCUAGAAGGUUUUGAGUCCUUUGGAGAACAGUUGAAGCUCUCUGAACGGACAGUUGUUGAAGUAGAGCAAAAGGAGGAAGCAGAUUCUAACCAUGAUUGUAACAGUAGUUGUCCAGAUCUUUUUUACGAAGAAAUUAGUGGACCUUGA